UUUGAUGGUCAACAUUAGAUUUUGUUAAUUGUGUUGAUGACAAUUUAAUGUGAAUCAAUGACCACUAAUUUAAUUAGUUAAUAACAUUGAAUUGGCCAAGGUUCAAUUAUCUGUUAUUUAAUCAAAUUGACUCUUAAUCUAUUUUAAUUCGUUUAUCUUUUAAAUUGAUCAGUUGAUUAGUUUUUGUUUUUCUUGUGUCCAAACAAAUGUGAUCAUAAAUGGAUUACACUUUUAUAGAUGGAAACCAAUUAACCCGAACCAUUACCUUCCAUUUUGUUUUUAUUUUCUCUUUCUCUUUCUCUUUUCCUUUCUUUUACUUGAUCUUCCAAUAUAAAUAUUUAUCUCCAUUAUCAUCUUCAUAUCUCCAUCUUGAUGCUAAUAUAUUUGAAAUGUGCACCAGUUAUGCAACAACAAAAAGAGAAGAGAAAAAAAGUUCCAAACGAUUCUUUUUCUGAUAAGAAAGAGAGAUGAGAAAGAGAAAAAGAGAAAUAUCCAUUUUAUCCAAUAAAAAAAGAUUAACCGUCGGGCAGCAACAACAAUUUCAUCAUCAUCACCAACACAACAUCAUCUUUAAUUGUGGACAGGUCAGUUUAUUAGACUCUCUCUCUCUCUCUCUCUCUCUCUCUCUCUCUCUCUCUCUCUCUCUCAGUGUGUAUCAUCAACAGGAUUUUAUUUUUUAUUCUAUCAUCAACAUGAGACGUGCUACUUUGUGUUCCUUUGGACUUUUGGUCAUUCUUGUUCUCGCCAUGUCACCCGGAAGUGAUGCUGGUCGUCGAAGAAUUUUAAUGGCCAAAAAACUCGCCGCUCUACUUUUACUUAACAAGAAACGUUACAUCUUUGUAGCUCCAUUCCCGUUGCCCGUCCCGUUACCAGUCAUAACCAAGGUGAAACAUAUCGUUCACAAGGAGAAGAUACCAGUUCCUGUUCCAGUUCCUCAUCAUGUGACCAAAUACGUUGCUGUUCCAGUUCCAGUUCCAGCACCAAAAUCAUGGUCAGAUGACUCAUGGAAAACCCCUGAUCAUCAUGCAAUCGCAUCUUCCGAGGUUUCAUACAAAAUCUCAGAGAAACCUCAUCAUCCUAAACAUUUGGAAAAAAUUUACGCUGAAUCAAGUCACAAUCUUAAAUUCUUAGAGAAGCCAACCUAUUCAGAGGAACCAAUUAAAAUGUCUGAAAAAUCUUACCAUGAAAAUGAUUACAAAUUACCCAUGGAGAAACCAUAUCAUCACCUUGAAGAUGGUGAUAAACUUCCUGAACGAUUAUACUCAGAGGAACCAGUUAAAUUUGAUCAUCUUGAACACUACAAAGGUGCUGCUUCAAGUCUCGCUGAAGAAACCAUUGAAUUACCUAAGAAAUUUAGAUCACAUAAAACUGAGGAAUCAUUUAAAUUUCCUGACAAUUUCUCACCCGAUGAACUUUUAGCCAAAUUACAAAGUGAAUUAGGUGCAGCUAAUUCUGGUGUAGGUUCACCUGAAUAUCUAAACAAUGAACCCUCUGAACUUUCAGCUGAAAAUUAUCCAAUGUUACCUGAAGGUGGUAUGAUGAUCAAGAAGAAGUAACCAAUUCACUAAUCACUUCUACAUUGGAAUCAAGUAUUAAUCUUCCAGCCAUUAUAAUAAUAAUCAUCAUCUCUCUCUCUCUUCUCUCACUUUGAUGAUCACCAAUUUUUUGCUUAUUUUUUUUUCUCCACCUCUCCCUCCUCACCACCGUCGUCACCAUCAACCACAAUUCCCCACUACUGAUACAUUUUAGAUCAACACUCUUACCUUCGAGAUAGAAAAAGUUCAAUAUCAUCAUUGGUCCCAAUCUAAUAUCAAUGACGACGAUGUUGAAAACUUUAAUUGAUUAUAAAGUUUUCUAUCAUAAUCGAUUAUUAUCAUUACCAUGAAAUCAACAAAAUCAUCCAAAGAAGUUCAUUAAUGAUAAUCAACUUUAAUUCUCGACCAAUUGCCAACAACAAUCAACAAUUUUUUUUCGCAAAUAAUUUUUUUCGUCUCAUGUGUGUUACCGUUGACAUCUCAUCAUAAUAAUGUUUUUUUUCAUGAAACUUUUUUUUACAACAUUUGUAAAUCAAAUUAACCAACACAAUCAACUAAUUACAACAAUUAGUUGAUUACCAACGAUAACUACUUAACGACUUUUUUUCGCCACAAUCUAAAUACACUUUUUUUUUUGUUUUACCACAAUUACUUUAAAUUAGUAUUCAAAACUAAUCAAAACUAAUUGUAACUAAAUUGCUGACCCUUUUGUCCACCUCAAGUCCACCUUUACUAUUUUUUGUCCAUCACUUUUUUUUUCAUGAUAUUGUAUGUAAAUAGAUCUCAAAAUUUUCACUAAUUGUUACAAAUUAAAUGUUAAUCUCAUUUUCUUGUUAUACAAAAAUCUCUCAUUUUCAUUACCAACAAUUAAAAUUAAAUUGCGAGAGAAAAGUGAAUUAACCUUA